AUGUAUCACGUGACCAGAGGGAUCAGUGAGGUGAAUGCGCCGGGUCAAAAUCGCUAGGCAUUUAAUAUAAAAUUCACGCGUGUUGGGGUACAAAAAGUCGCAUUAAUAAAUCCCAUUCGGAAUAAUGGAUCCACGGAAACUGACAGAUUUGCUGCGCGCAACGAUUGACCCAGCCCAGCAAAAGCAAGCUGAAGAACAACUUGCCCAGAUCCACAAAAUCAUUGGAUUUGCUCCAAGUCUUCUUCAAGUGGUUAUGACAGCUGAGGUUGAUAUGCCCGUUAGACAGGCUGGUGUAAUAUAUUUGAAAAAUUUAAUUACAACAAAUUGGGCGGAACGAGAAGUUGAAGUUGGGGUACCUGUACCAUUCAGUAUACAUGAACAAGAUCGUGCAAUGAUUAGAGAUGCGAUUGUAGAUGCUGUAGUCCAUGCACCAGACCUUAUAAGAGUUCAGCUAGCUGUAUGUAUAAGCAACAUUGUGAAACAUGAUUUCCCUGGGCGAUGGACACAAAUAGUAGAUAAAAUCACCAUAUACCUUCAAAAUCCAGAUGCUGCGUGUUGGCCUGGCGUACUCCUUGCACUUUACCAACUUGUGAAAAUUUUUGAAUAUAAGAAGGCAGAAGAUAGAGGUCCACUUAAUGAGGCAAUGAACCUUUUAUUCCCAAUGAUUUACCAACUGAUAUUACGUCUUUUACCUGAUCCCUCUGAGCAAUCAGUACUUUUACAAAAACAAAUACUCAAAAUAUAUUUUGCGCUUACGCAGUAUUCGUUACCAUUGGACCUUAUUUCUAAAGAAGUAUUUUCUCAAUGGAUGGACGUUGUUCGACAAGUGGCUGAUAGGCCUGUUCCUCUAGAAGAUGAGCAUCUUGAAUUAUUUGACGACGAGCGUGCUGAGUUACCCUGGUGGAAAUGUAAAAAGUGGGCGCUGCAUAUACUUCACAGGAUGUUUGAAAGGUACGGCAGCCCAGGGAAUGUAACCAAAGAAUACCAGGAGUUCUCGGAAUGGUACUUGCAGACUUUCAGUGGAGGAAUCUUGGAGGUUUUGCUCAAAAUUUUAGAUCAAUAUCGAAGGAAGGUUUGGGUUUCACCCCGAGUUUUGCAACAGUCUAUCAAUUAUAUAAAUCAAGGAGUGAGUCAUGCAUAUUCAUGGAAAUUUUUGAAGCCGCACAUGUUUGAAAUAAUCCACGAUGUCCUGUUUCCAAUUCUGUCACAUUCUGCGGCUGACGAAGACCUUUGGAAAAACGAUCCUUACGAAUAUAUUAGAGUUAAAUUUGAUAUAUUUGAAGAUUUCGUCUCACCGGUUACUGCUGCACAAACGUUAUUACACUCAGCAUGUAAAAAAAGGAAAAACAUGUUGCCAAAGACUAUGCAAUUCAUAAUGGAGGUAUUGACAAGCCCUAACGCAGACCCUAGACAAAAAAAUGGAGCGCUUCACAUGGUUGGAGCUUUGGCUGAUGUUCUGUUGAAAAAAAAAAUAUUCAAAGAAGAAAUGGACAAAAUGUUACUGCAGUAUGUAUUUCCAGAAUUCUCGAGUCCCCAUGGCCACAUGAGAGCGAGGGCUUGCUGGGUUUUGCACUAUUUUUCCGAGAUCAAAUUUAAACAGGAGGCAAUUUUGGUGGAAGCCAUCAGGUUGACCACACACGCGCUUUUGCACGAUCAAGACUUGCCCGUCAAAAUGGAGGCUGCCAUCGCGUUGCAGAUGCUACUUUCGGCCCAAGACAAAGCACAGAAAUAUGUUGAACCUAUGAUUAAGCAGAUAACUUUGGAACUCCUAACGAUUAUCAGGGAAACUGAAAAUGACGACCUCACAAGCGUCAUGCAAAAGAUAGUUUACACUUACACAGAACAGCUAAUGCCAAUCGCUGUAGAGAUUUGUCAACAUUUGGCCACCACAUUCAGUCAGGUACUUGAAACCGACGAAGGUAGCGACGAAAAAGCUAUAACGGCGAUGGGUCUUCUAAACACAAUAGAAACACUACUAACGGUUAUGGAGAAUCAACCCACCAUAAUGGCACAGGUCGAGCCAACUGUACUUCAAGUAGUUGCUCAUAUUUUCGGACAAAGUGUUAUGGAAUUUUACGAAGAAGCCUUGUCGUUGGUGUAUGACUUGACUGGAAAGACAAUCUCCGAAGAUAUGUGGAAAGUUCUGGAACUAAUGUAUCAGCUAUUCCAGAAAGACGGCUUCGAUUAUUUCACAGAUAUGAUGCCAGCUCUUCACAAUUACAUCACUGUCGACACGCCGGCCUUCCUUUCUAACGAAAAUCACAUCCUAGCUAUGUUCAACAUGUGCAAAGCCGUCCUCACUGGAGAUGCAGGUGAAGAUCCUGAAUGCCAUGCUGCAAAAUUGUUAGAAGUCAUUAUUCUACAGUGCAAAGGUCAUAUCGACCAGUGCAUACCUUCACUAGUACAGUUGGUUUUGGAACGUUUAACAAGAGAAGUAAAAACUUCGGAGUUGCGCACAAUGUGUCUUCAGGUAGUAAUAGCUGCGCUUUAUUAUAACCCAGCACUAUGCAUUGAUGUGAUGGAUAGGCUUCAAAGUAGCCUAGGACAGUCUGCAGAGCCAAUAGCGUCGCAUUUUAUCAAGCAAUGGAUACAUGAUACAGAUUGUUUCCUUGGACUCCAUGACCGCAAGCUUUGUGUCCUCGGAUUGUGCACUCUAAUUAGUAUGGGUCCUGCAAGACCUCCCGCGGUCAAUGAGUGUGCCCAGCAAAUUAUUCCCUCGUUGAUACUUUUAUUCGAUGGACUGAAAAGAGCCUAUGCCGCCAAAGCUGCCGAGGGUGAUGACGAAGAUAACGACGAUGAAGAAAGUGAUAUAGAAGAAGAGGUGUUAUCAUCUGACGAGGAUGAAAUUGAUGACAGUGGUCAGCAAUACCUUGAAAAUUUACAAGACAAAGUUAGUCGAGCCUCCGGUCAACAUGGAUUUAAUGUUUCUGCCACGAUACAAGAUGGACAUGGGGAUCACAGAUCUGAUGAUGACGAAGAUGACGAUUCUGACUUUGAGGCAAACGAGGAAACAGCUUUAGAAAGUUAUACCACUCCUCUAGAUUCUGACGACACAAAUCAAGACGAAUAUGUUUUCUUCAAAGAAAUUAUGCAGAAUAUUGAAGCAGCGGAUCAACCCUGGUAUCUAGCGUUGACCUGUCAGUUGACAUCUGAACAACAAAAAGCACUUCAAGAAAUAAUAGUUCUUGCUGAUCAGCGAAAGGCAGCACUUGAAAGCAAACGAAUUGAACAAAGCGGUGGUUAUGCAUUCCAUCAGCAAACUGUACCGACCUCGUUCAAUUUUGGAGGUACCCCAUUAAGCCGAUAAGAAAUUUUAACACUUUUAUUUUAGAGUAAGUAAUGAGAAAUGAGAACACAAAAACAAAUGCAAAAAAAAAUAUUUCCUAAGUAUUGAAAUUGGACACCAUCUAUAUGAAGCACGCGACUGUAAGCAUGACCACUCUGAGGACAUUAUGCAUUUCCUAUUUACUAUUUUUAUGUAAAACCUAAAUGUAAUUUGUAAACAAGAGGCAAUCAACUCUCGUACUAAAUUUAAUAUUAUUAUUAUUGUUAUUAUUUCUAAUACCUUUAGUUUUAUCAAAACUUUGAUAUUGCUAUGUCGUAUUGUUGUUGAUAGACUAUGAAUUUUUUGCCACUGCUGUCUUGUUGUCACCAUCAUUAAAUCUGAUAAAUGCGUUAUUUAAACUCAAACCAAAAUUUCGGCUGUUGAUGAAUUCUCCAGACUCGUAGGUUAUUCUAUCAACUAUGAUCACAAAUUAACGUAAGAGUACGCUGUCUUGGUCAGCAAUUUGUACAGAGAUCAUCGAGUUAUUUCGAUUUUUAUAAUAUUGUAAGACUCUAAAGAUAGAAACAAAAUGAAUUUUCACAGUGAUUUAUGGAAUAAAUCAUCGUAAUAUCCAACAAUUAAACAGUACUUACUGCGUUAGCGCAGUCAAUAAUAAUUUGAAAUAUUUUUUGUUGUCCACAGUUGUUUCUCAUUGUAGAUCUCUACAAUUAAAACGGAAAGUAUACGUGGUACAUCUCAGUACCACAUGAAAAUGAUAACAGCUUGUUAGCAAAACAAAUUUACUGUAUGCAUGCGCGAUACGUUUGUCGGGAAAAAAAUUAAUUUUUGUUGAAUUGUUGGUAUAAAUAUACUUAGACAAAAAGCUUCUUGUUUACUACAUAAAUACCAAAAAAAAAAACAAAAAAAUCAAGGGGAAAAAUGAGUGAAAAUAUUUUUCUUAUCGAUGUUGAUAAUUAUUUUUUUGUAUUUAAAUAUUUACUAAUUUUGUUUUCUUUUGAUUAUCGAUGUGAAUUGUAAUUUUUGAAACGGCGUACCAUCCAAAUGCUCACAUAGUUUUUUUUCCAACAUUGCCACGACUAUUUACCCUUCCCAUCAUCCGCCAGCAUAACUGUUAAGAAUAAUGACAUCAAUUAACACAAUUUAAAAUUUUAUUAUAGACUUGUGGUUGUCCCCAACGUAAAUUACAGUAUAAUUGAUGAAAAAAAAUAUUAAUUAUAAUAAUAUCAGAGCCCAAUACGAUAAUGGCGUACAAAAAUAAGGGGUGUUCUGUGCUGUGGUUAGCGAAAUGGAUCGAUGUGAUGUAAAAAAGUGCUAUCAUGAUCACGCACCUAUAGAAAUAAUCUUCGGGUGAAUUUAUAACUGUAUGCGUUAUUGCAGAGAAUUUGUAAAUAAUCACGCUUCUGACAAGAUGAAAUAUUCUUGUCCUUUUUCUUUAUUCCUCUGGUUUAUUCUCCUUCGAUUCUAUCUUAGAACUUAGGUCGAUCAGUGAAUACAUUUUUAUUUUUGAUCGUUCAUUAUCGUCAGAUGAAUGAAGUGCGAUUCAAACUAGUAAAAUCUUUACCCGAACAUUUAAUGAGGCAGAAUAUUCAUCAGAAGAAUGUUGUCAGUUUCCAAGAGGUUGAAAGUAUUAGAUUUUAUUAUUGAAGACACAACAAUCAGUCGAAUUUUCCGAGUAAACUGAUAUGGUUUUUUUCCUUACUUCUUUUUUGGUAUUGAGUUUCUGAAAAAAGUGCCUUGAAACGAGGAAGAAGACGGGGACCUAAAUUAAAGAAUACAGCAGCGUUAAUUGCUGUAGGUCGGACUGAGGCCAGGACACUUCCCUAGUUUAUAAGUUCAAUAGGUACUACUAUUACUACUACUAUACUAAAAUAAAUGAAGAAAAAAAAAUCAUGCAAUGGAAAAGUGAAUUUGUUACUUUGCUUUUUCUAUAUACAUAAUAUUGUCUAGAAGUUCAUUUUCUAUAAUAGUGAGAGAGAAAAAAAACUUGCUGGUUUUUUUUUUUAAAUAGUUUUCUAUAUAAAUAGGUAUUUAAAUUAUACAUGGAUUAAAUAAAUAAUCAUAGCGAUGGUAAGCCGAACGAUAUGAAAGAACAAAAGAAAAAACUUAUUAAUUAGGUAUACUGCAAAAAACAUCUACAUACAUCUUUAUAUGUACAUACAUAUACAUAUAAAAUUACACAUAUUCACUGGAGUCCUUUACGUCUUAUAUAAGGAAACUAAAAAAUGGCUAUGUUGGUGCUUUAACAUAUUACAGGAGUUUUUAUAACAUCUUCUGUGUAACUAGAUAUUCGAAAUGCAGCUGAUAAUAAAUAACACUUGUCAUUUAUUCAUCCAAAAUUCCUCUGACAAGAUGCAAUUUGUUGAAUUCCACAUCAGCUAUGACACUCUACAUUGCCCCACAGGGACGCAGUUUCAAAGUUAUAAGCAGCCGCAGAUUAUCUCUUGAUCGAUUGUUUUCCUUGAUUUUCGUAUGAUAACGGCAUGCAUUUAAAUUGUAUAAAGUUUUUACUGUAAAUAUGUAUCCGUCGUAUAAUAAAAAAAUUACCCAAGUC